UUAAAUAUUGAAAAAAAAAAAUCAGGUUAGUGGAGAGGGCAACAUUGGAGAGCGGAACUAUUCAAAUACUUUGCGUCUGUUGGUUCUGAUGACGACGUGCUAAAACCGGCACACAGAGUGCACCAACUGGUGGCAGAGCGGCCGACGAGCCGCCGAUAUGAAAACAUCGGCGGAAUCGACGACGGAGAGCAGCGAAUUGGAACGAUGCGAAAGGGAAUCACGUUCGCUAGCCUUGGAAAAAGCCUACGUGCACGAUGUCUACGACCAGCUGUCGCAUCACUUCUCCGAGGAGCGCUACCGUCCGUGGCCGCGCGUCCGCCAGUUCCUGGAACAGCUCGAACCCGGAUCCCUCGUCUGCGAUGCGGGCUGCGGUAACGGUAAAUACCUCCAAGUCAACCCAUCCGUCUUCAAAGUGGGCUCGGACCGUUGCGCCGCCUCCGUCGAAGUUGCCCGCCGGAAAGAUCACGAGGUGCUGAUUUGUGACGCUCUUCACUUGCCGUACCGCGACGAGAGUUUCGAUGCGGCAUUGUCUAUCGCCGUCAUUCAUCACCUGGCGACGCGAGACAGGCGCGUGCGGGCGUUGAGAGAGUUGGCGAGGAUUCUGCGCGUGGGCGGCCGCAUCCUCAUCACCGUGUGGGCCAAAGAGCAGCGGCAUCGAAAGUUUGAAUCGCAAGAUAUUCUCGUUCCGUGGCGCACACCCGACCGCUCCAGCAGCGAAGAGAAGGCGGAAGUGGGCGGGAACGAACACGAGUCCAUCACGACCACGACAACGUCCGACGAGGAUGUCACUCAUUACCACGCCUACACUCAAACAUCAGAGAGUGAUUCCUGCUAUUCGUGCAGCAAAAAGCACCUGGAUGUCACUGGCGAUUGCAGAAUAAAGCAGCAAAGUCCGUCCGAUUGUCUGACCAGCGGAGUCCCUUCCAUUGUUGAGGAUGCAGCGUCUUGCACGAGACGAAGACAUCAUCGUCCACAUCAUCACAAAGGACGAUCCUUCGACCCACACCGGCCGUCUUGCAGUUCACAAAGUUCGUCCGACCUUUCAUCGCCCAGCGACUCUUGCUACAGUUUCGUUCGCAAAGCUCUGCAAAAAUUGGCGAGUACGAGACGGGCGGUAGGUAACGGACAUCAACGGCGUUCGUGGUUCACCUUGGGCGAAAGUAUCGAACAACAGCACGGAGCUUGGAGUUGCGCAGCGCUGGAGGCGACCGACCCGUCCACCGAAUUGCCCAUCGAGUUGCGUCAUUUGGACUCGGAAGAGGACGGCGGAUUGGGUUCGGCAACUGGAACGACGCAGACAAACGAGCGCAUUAGUCGGAGUAGUCCACCAUCUCUGGGAGGUGGCAAAGGGGAUUCGUGCAUUUUCUUUGGUACAGAACAGCCGGUAGUUGCCCCGGCCGACUCUUCGUCCAGCAUCAGUCCCAUUUUGCCACGACGAUCUUCUUCCUCUUCUUUAGCUGCAGGGGGAGUGUUGUGCUCUUCUUCGGCUGGAACUCAACAUCCGCAUCAGCAGACGCACGGUAAUAGGUCGCUGAGCCUCAGCGAUUUGCUUCAUUCUUUGCCCGUCUCUGUUAGUUCUUGGUUAAAGCACCGGCUUUCGGAAGAGGAUGCCAGCAGUAGCCUCAUCUCGCCCGGCAGCGAAAUGGACCGGCCGAUAGCUGCCCAUUCGCCUCCGCCACCACCAACGGAUCAGGACCAAAUGCGUCGUCCAUCCAGGCCUAUGUUGACCAAACAAAAGAGAGUUGUCCAAAUUUUCGAAUCCUAUUGCGAAGAAGAGGACGAUGCAGGUUUAACAGUUCCUCCGACAGAUGUCCUUCAACCUUCACUGCCAAAACAGCAACCCAGGGUGUUCAAACAAGGAUCGAUGAAUGAUUCGUUAUUAUCAGCCGACCGUUUGAAAGAGCGCGAAAAUUUGAAGAAGAGUUUAUUGCCGCGUCAAGUCACCUGGUCAGGUGCGCCAUCUAGUUGUCCAUUAAUUGUACCGGUUGCGGAACUGGCCCCAAAACCAAUAGCACCGCCACAGCCUUCAAUCCCUCCGCCAGUAGCCAAACUGCCUCCGGUUCUGCGACCAUCUCCUCCGCCUCCAUUAGCCGCAACGUCCGAUAUUGGUGAAGCUCUCAAAGAUUUCUCUUCGCUCCGCAACGGAUUCGUCCGCAUUUGGCAGACGCUCCGCGGUGAUUCGUCCUCUUCUUCUUCUUCAUCCUCCUCUUCAUCCAAAGCUCAUUUGUUGCUGGACGAGCGCAAUUGCGACAAGCCCUGGUUGCUGGACUCUCCGACGUCUAGCGACGCACAACAUCCGGCAUCGAGUCGACCGUUGCCACCUGCGCGUAGGCCACCGUCCUUACUUGAAAAGCGGAUCAAAUCGUUCUGCGGAUGGGGCAUAGCGGAAGAAUCGGCUGCCGGACCAAUGAGCCCAUCACCUAGACGUCUGCCUCCCGUGGCUACGGAGGAGGAUUUCUUCAAUUUCUCGCUGCCUCGAUGUUGCGCCGAUCAGGAUCUGGCCUUUCCGCGAUCGGUCCAUCCGCACCGGCUGAGCUACCACCGCGAAGAAGGAUCCGAUUCGUCGUCCAAAGACAGCAGUUUGCAGAGUGACACCAGUGUCGACUCGGAAGACAGUUGCGUAUCUGUCAUUUACAUUCCCAGGCCGGCGGAUCCCAAAAGCGAACACGAGACGGCCGGAUUGAUAGUCGAUCCAUCUGUGGCUAAAACCCGGAAUAAUUCAUCCAGCAGUUCGGACGGAUCGCCUAAAGUCAAAGUCUUCCCGACUUUGCUUUCAUUCACGUCGGAAUUGGCGGAAUCUGCGAAUGCGGCGGCGGUUAAGAGUCCCGGAAUGGCGACGGUUCAGCAAGAGGGCCAGCAGACGACCAACUCUCCAUCCAAGAGACAAUCGUGCCUUAGGCAGCCGGAUGCGUUGGCCCCUUUGAGUGAAACCGACGACAAGAGCUCAACUAGAUCGGAAACUCCGCAUUUCCAGCAACAGACACGGCCCGUCCAUCGGCUCCUCUCCUUCGAAGUUUUCAAUCCAGAAACGGACGACAUGGACAGCGACAGUGAUUGCGGCGACGGCGGCAGCACGACCAGCGAAAGCUCGUCCAGCAAUUCAGCCGGAAGCGUCAUCAGUGUGGGUGAUCCGAUGUGGCCGGCGUUCCAGGAUCGGAGACAAACGAUUCUCAGCGGAUCUUCACUGGACAUCCAAACUUCUGCCUCUUGUGAUUUGGUCAGCAGCGAACCGGCCGACAGUUUGAUGAAGCAAGAUUCCAGCGAUAGUUGGCCGGCGUCCAUCGAAGACCCAUCGGCUCAAUUGACGGGAAGUUCGUCGCAGACUUGCUGUUCCCGUAACAAUCAAUCUUCGCCGAUUAGUUCGAUAGCUACAGGACCGCUGGAUUCUCAAGAAUCCAAAUCGUUAGGUGAAUCUUCAUCCGGCGGUAGCAAACAACAUCAACAAGAAGUGCAUUCGGAUGUGGAAGAAUGGAAAAUACGAAGUUCGUUAGGACCUCUGGAUGAAUGCCACGAAGAAGAAGGUGCCGAACUCGCGGACGCGUUCCAGUACAAUAAAUCGCUCCAGCAACAGCAACAACAACAACCGUUGGUCGGGCAACAGCAACAAUGGAAACUGGACAAAGUCAAAGGCUCCUUUUCAGCUUCGACGUCGAGUUUGGAUUCUUCGAUUAGCGCUCCGUCUUAUUCGAGUGCCCGCCAAAGUUCGAGCGCUUCCGCCGUCAGUACAACCAGCGAAAUGCGGAAGAAUUCCGACGAUUCGGCGGGAUUCAUGUCAACUCUUCCGCUCUUACGAUCGAGAGGCGCAAAUUGCGCUGCUGCAUCCGUCGCUGCUUCUACUUCAUCCGUGGCCGGAUUCCGUCAAAUUCCCUCCACCACCGGAUCGGGCCCUUGUAUCCGUACACUAGGGAACAAGACCAUCAGUUCUGGCGACGACGAGUAUUGCUCUAAGCCGCUCAAUAAAAUGCUCCUGGCCGGAUGCGGUGGAGAACAGCGAAGCGGCGAUCGCGAUUCGUCGCUGAGCAUUUCCACUUCGCAGGAUUCGUUGCCGAGCGACGCCGCCGGAAGCAACACGGGCGAUGGCGGUGGAGGCAAUUCCGUCACUCUUCAUCGUUACUAUCACGUGUUCCGUCAGGGCGAAUUGGACCAAUUAAUUGAACGUUAUGUGGAUAGUCUUCACAUCAUCUCUUCGUACUAUGACAGGAGCAAUCACUGCGUCGUAGCCGAAAAAGUUCAAGUUUGGACUAUUUAA